UUCAUAUUAUGUAUGUGACCCCAGCACUGGCAGGAUUAGAGCUACAUAAACAUGAGGCUUGCAUUGUCCCUUUGUUUUUUAGACUUUAGGCUUUCUUCUAACAAAGGGAAACAAAAUUUAUCUUCCUUGUUGACAUGUUAAGAUAUACCAGCUAAAUAAAUCUACGUAAAUCAUUACUGUUAGUAUUUAAAUGGUUUUGGUAGUGCUAUACCACCAUCAUAUUGAAGGAUACUGCUUUAACUGUGAAAGUUAGUAAUCCCUGGGAACUACCAAUGAUAUUAAGUCUUAAUCUCUCCCAGAUUCCUGGGGAAGCUUCACAUAAGAUACACCAAAUGUGCUCCGGGCUUUACUGUUGGCUACAUUUUGGAAAUACAGAGUUGCCUUUAUCUGGUCCUUCCUUAUAAUCUGAAAAGUGUGGAGUGAGUUACACCGAAUGGACUUACUUUUUCAAAACUGUAAAACCAUGCAAGUAACUCUCAGAGUACAAAUAAUCAGGCUUGUGACUACUUAGCCCUUUAGUUCUUUAAAUAAGUACAGUACAAAGGACAGAACCAUGUUAAUGGAAAAGUAACAUUUAUCAGCAAGUUAUUAUUUUAGAUUAAGUCAGGGCAGAAGGAAAAAGCAGCCUGUGCUAUUCUCUACAGGAAAUUUAGCAGAGAACUUGAUGUUCUUUCUUGUCAGAGGCUGCAAAUAAAAGUUAACUACAAGAGACCAUUGAUUUAUGUAACUGAAACCCUUUCUGCAUUGUGCAUAGUGCUGUUAAGGAGAGAAAAUACCAAGUUAGGAACAAGUGAAAACUCUCUGUAAACUCUUCCUUUAUCUCCCACAUUCUGAGCAUCAGAUUAUGGGUAUAGAAACUAUUCAUAUCAAGUAUUCUUUGUCAGUUUUGCUCUUUUUUAAUAAUAUAACCCAGAAUACCCACAACUUCUACGGUACAGAAGGGCAUUGCAAAUUCGCCUGACCAUGCGUCAAGUUUUUCAGCUGCCCUGGUCCCAGCAAAGCUUGGAGCAGUGACAACCCAACACCAGUAUCAAGGAGAUGCUGAUGGAGAGGGUGGUGUUCAUGCUGACUAUAGGAAUGGUGUCAGAGGACUCUACCCCAUGAAUAUAUAGCUGCUGGCAAGUACAGUAUGUCAGCUGCCCAGUAGUUUAUGUUGGAUUAAAUGGAUGGGUUGCUUUUUGAGUUGAUGUGACUGAGUCAAAGCUAUUGCUACUGUGUUUUGGUUGAGACAUUCAAAAUUGAAAAGUAGUGUUUUGCUAUCAGUUUUAUCAUGCAUAUGAAUACUUUGAGUGAAUUGGGAAGUUCAUCCCCAUAUGAUGCUAGUUUAUAAUGUAAUAAUUCAUAAGCAUCAUAUGAAAGGCACUGAGUGCAUCAUUCCUGUGAAAUGCAGAAAUGCCAUCCUUAUUCCUCACAGCUCACAGCACCAGUCCAUAAAUUAUCUUUAAAGAGAUCCUGUGUAAAGAUAAUUUUAGUAUCUAUUAAAUUAAUUUUGUAACAAAUAGUUUAGUAGAGCUGAAGAAAAGGGAAAUGAGCAUCAGAUGAUUUUUUGCAGUGUUUUAUCUCUAGGAAUAACCAUUAUUGUUAUCAAUAAUCUAGUCAGUACUUACUAUAAAUGCUAAAGAUGAUAUAGUAAUGACUGAUACAGUUGAUUAAUGGAGUUGAACAUAAUUGAGAUAUUACAACUGCCAAGAAACAGUGAAUUGCUUGGUAAUCUGUUCUUGCCUGAGUAGCAGGUGUUUUGAUACGUCCAAGAGAAUAAGCCAUAAAUUUAGGUAUAAGGAAUGCUGAGGUGCUGGGGGCAAGGCCCAGGAAACCAGAAACAUCAUGUUCUGUCAGGGCUGUCCUCUGGGAGAGGAUCUGGAAGUCCUAUGGGAGAAUGGCAUUGUGUUUUUCUCUGUUAGUAAAGGCCAAAAUGCAAACCCUCUUACUUUACCCAAGAAGAACGCUGUCUCAAGCACAUGAAACAGAGACAUUAACUGUACGUUGACCUUGGAAACAUCACCCAGCGUGGACCAGUGUGGAGUGGUGGGAUGGCAUUUUGAGGGAAUACCUCAUUGAAUUAAGCCCUGCAGCUGGCCCACCCUUGGUCUCUGCUCCCUACCUCACUUCUGGGCAUCCCACUUAAAAGUGCCCUGGCCAGGACUGCUGUGCACUGCCGCUUUAAGGUCCUCUCCACGGCUGGAGCACCAGGCGCAGGCAGCAAUCCUCUGCUCUGCAGGGCUCGCAGUUGCUCACUGCUCUUUACUUAAUAACAUUUGGCUGCAUGAGACAUCUGACAGUGAGCUGAAGGCUUCCCUCUCUGGUGGCAGAGUUUCACCUGCCCUCAUGGCAGCAGCGACGGGCUCUGCUGCAGUGAAAACUGCCAAGUCCUGCAAGAAGUAUCGCACAGUGAAGCGGCACGCUGGCAUCUACACCUACCAGGAGCCACCCCACAGCAACUCAGAUGAAGAUAUCAGUGAAGAAAAGGCUGAGAGCCAUGAUCCAGAGCAGAUCUUCCAGAAUAUCCAGUACCAGAAGGAGAUUAUGUCCAAUAUCCGCUGCCGACCAUGGCCGAUGAGGCAGAAGCUGAGAGCACUCAGACAGGCGAAGGAGAUUGUGCUGAAGUAUGAAGGGAGGCUCACUAGAACAAGAGGUUACCAGGCUGCUGGGGCAGAGCUUUGGAGGAAGUUUAUUCGACUUGCAUAUAAUUUUGUGGUCAUCUUUAUUCCUUGGGAAAUGAGAAUAAAGAAGAUAGAGAGUCAUUUUGGGUCUGGAGUUGCCUCUUACUUCAUCUUCUUGAGAUGGCUGUUUGGAAUCAAUAUUGUACUUACUAUAAUGACAGGAGCAUUUGUAGUCUUACCAGAGCUACUGGCCGGGGCAGCGUUUGGCACCACAGACAGAAAGACCAUUCCUGAGGAGCAUGUUGCAUCUGCUCAAGACCUGGACACCAUCUGGUCACUAGGGGGCUACCUCCAGUACUCUGUUUUGUUUUAUGGCUACUACGGUCGUGACAGGAAGAUUGGGAAAGCUGGAUAUCGUCUGCCUCUUGCCUACUUCCUUGUUGGAAUGGCAGUGUUUGCUUACAGCUUCAUCAUUCUCUUAAAAAAAAUGGCAAAAAACUCAAGAAUGAGUUUAGCAAGUGCCUCUGAUGAAAAUUACACUUUCUGUUGGAGACUGUUCUGUGCUUGGGACUACUUAAUAGGAAACCCCGAGGCUGCAGAGAGCAAAGCUGCUGCCAUAGUUAAUAGCAUUAGGGAAGCCAUACUGGAAGAGCAGGAAAAGAAGAAAAGCAAAAACUUGGCAGUGACUAUAAGCUUAAGAAUUAUUGCAAACAUCCUCGUGCUCCUCUCGCUUGCUGGAAGUAUUUACAUUAUAUACUUUGUCGUGGAUCGAUCCCAAAAGUUAGAGCGCACUAAAAAGGAAUUGACUCUUUGGGAAAAAAAUGAGGUAAGCGUAGUUGUGUCACUGAUUACAAUGAUUGCACCCUCUGCUUUUGAGCUUGUGGCAGCUUUAGAGAUGUACCAUCCAAGGACCACUCUUCGCUUCCAGCUUGCCAGGGUUCUUGUUCUAUACCUGGGAAACCUCUACAGUUUAAUCAUUGCUCUCCUGGAUAAAGUGGACAGUAUGAGUGUCACUGACUCUGACGUUAACCACAAUGCAACUAACUUUGCCACCUUUUCAACAACUAAAACGCCUUCUAAAGAAGACAAUUUAUCUACAACUAUUCCCGAUGUGCGCAGUAAGAGAAAUGGCAUUGUCAUACUGGAAGAGAGUCGUGCUCAAGGCAUGACAGUCUCUGACUCACUAGUUAACAGAACAGUCUCCUUGAACUCUAACACCCAGAACCCACAAGAUCAGUGCUGGGAGACCUAUGUUGGUCAAGAGAUGCUAAAGCUUUCAAUUAUCGACAUGAUUUUCACAGUCGCAAGCAUCCUGCUAAUUGAUUUUUUCCGUGGACUGUGUGUCCGAUAUUUAAGUGAUUGUUGGUGCUGGGAUCUAGAAAGCAAGUUUCCAGAAUAUGGAGAAUUCAAAAUUGCAGAGAAUGUAUUGCAUUUAGUCUACAACCAAGGAAUGAUCUGGAUGGGAGCUUUCUUUUCACCUUGCUUACCAGCAUUCAAUGUCCUCAAGUUGAUUGGACUCAUGUACCUGAGGAGCUGGGCUGUGUUAACGUGUAAUGUACCACAUCAGCAGGUUUUCAGAGCAUCUCGAUCCAAUAAUUUCUACUUGGCCAUGUUGCUGUUCAUGUUGUUCUUAUGCAUGUUACCAACAAUUUUUGCUAUUGCCCGAUAUAAGCCAUCUUUAAGCUGUGGUCCCUUCAGUGGACAAGAAAAAAUAUAUGAUAUCGUUUCUGAAACAAUUAAAAGUGAUUUUCCCACAUGGUUUAACACGGUGAUUACUUACAUCAGCAGUCCCGUGGUUGUUCUCCCUGCACUAUUACUAUUAUUCAUGCUGAUCUAUUACUUACAAAGUAUUGCAAGAUCAUUAAAAUUCACCAACAAUCAACUCAGAAUGAAGAUCCAAACAGAAAGAACUGAAGAUAAGAAAAAGGUGGUUCAGAUGGCAGUAGCCAGAAUACAAAAUCUGGAUGGGAAUGACAAGAGGCCAGAGCCAGAAACUGAUAUUAUCAGCCAGGAGUCUUCUGUUCGGUCCUCAACUCCUCGAAAGAAUGGCAGUGUCCUGAACUUUGAAUCUCCUGUGACCAAAGGCACCAGAAUACAAACCAUUUCCCAGUCCGUGCCCCAAACUGUGCCCUCAACUGAUGUUGCAAGACCCAUCAACGCAACUCCCACAACUUCAACCUCUUUAACGCCAGCUCCCUCAGCAUCAAGUGUACAGAAACCAAGAAAUGAUCAUAUCACAAACAGGUACCCAAGCAUUGUGCAUAGGAGUGCAAGUGAGCUCUGUAAAACAAAGCCCUAUACACCGGUGACAUUCAAAAAGCACACUGAAGAUGUUCAUUCUGAGCCUCUCUUCAGAAAAGGGAUCCGGCAGGUAAAUCCGGAUGCCCUUGGGGCAGGAGCUCCUGUUUUUCUGGGAUGUAGACCAUAUGCUACCAGGUAUUUUGUUGUUAAUGAAAAUGAGACCCGCAAGAAAUCGCUCCGUUCUACCUCCCGACUCCAAAGGCACUUCAGGAAGGAGGAACCAGGUGGUAUUAUUGAGUUGUAUCCACGCAACAUCAGGAGAUACGUGGUUCGAACACCACACCAGAUGUAUUCCCCUCAUCCCAGUGAAGAUGAGGAGGAUGAAGAGGAACUUGGUAGAGAAUUCAUGAACAGAUCCCACCGCCCUCGCUCACUGUCUGAUCUUCGCCCAGCACCACGGUUUUACAUUGGGGAACACGGUGAUGGCCACAUUCUUAUGAGCAAAGAUCUAGCCAGAGUGCAUUACAAAUCCUGGGAUGACGGUUUUGAGCUAGACCUGGACAGGCCUCCAUAUGCUUACAAGAAAGUGCACCUGAACUAUCCUGAGCCUCGUGUGAAACCAAAAUCAAAGCAAAAGCUGGAGCAAUCACUAACAGAGUCUGAUUCCAUUUCCAUUGAAUCCAGCAGUGAUCCGCAGAACAGUGGCAAUGACCAGUACAUUCAGGUCAUUCAUAGCAAGGAAAAGUAUGCGAAACCUGGGUCAAAACUCAACAAAAAGAAAACAAAAAACAGUGUUGAUCUAAAUAUGUCUGAGCCUAACGAGCUGGUCUGCUCAAAUGUCUGCGGCGCCGCCGCCAUCGGCCCACGGGGGCGGUGCGCACGGAGCCCUCAUAGGCGGCAGCCGAGCGGUAGCUCCGCCCUCCCGGCCAUGGACUACGCGGAGCUCGCCGUGGCGGCGGCCGAGAAGAUGGAGCUGUACCGGCAGGAUCCCGGUGGCUGGCGGGGCUGCCGGCGCACAAGCGAGGUUUCGGUGUCAUGGAGACCCUCCGCGGAGUUUGCCGGCAACGUGUACAGGGGCGAGGGGAUCCUGCCUGCCAGUCCCCUGGAUGUCUGGGAGUGUAUAAAGCCGGUGGCCGGAGGGCUCAGGACCAAGUGGGACCAAAACGUGAAGGACUUUGAGGUCAUCGAAGCCAUCAAUGAUGCUGUCUCUGUAUGCAGAACCACAACCUCUUCAGCUUUCAUGAGGGUUAUUUCACCAAGAGAAUUUGUGGAUGUGGUACUGAUGAAGCAAUUUGAAGAUGGGACGAUGCUAUCUGCUGCAACCAAUGUGGAACACCCGCUGUGUCCUCCUAGACCAAAUUUUGUGAGAGGUUUGAAUUAUCCCUGUGGCUGUUUCUGUAUACCUCUUCCAGGGGAACCAGACAGGACUCAACUCCUCAGUUUCUUUCAGACUGAUCUUGGUGGCUAUCUUCCCCAAACGGUGGUGGAUUCCUUCUUUCCAGCUAGCAUAGCUGGUUUUUACAGUAACCUGACCAAAGCUGUUAAGCAAUUAAAAGCAUGACAAGACCAAUUACUGGCCUCACCAGCUGAGGGUAGGAAAAAACCUGGCUGCCUGAGGGUAGAAAUAGGAAGUUUGCCUACAGGACUUUCUACCAGCAAAGAUAUUAGGAAAGGUGAAAGGGGAACAAUGAACUUUUAAACUAGCGUUUUCUAUCUGUCUAUGCAAAGCAAUGCAUUUUUUAAUACUAUAUCCUUCGUUUUCAUAAUUAGAGCAAUACCAUACCAGAGGCUGGAAGAAUCCUGGAGGCAGCACUAGUGGCUGCCUGAGGGGAGAUGAUGCACAUACUGGAUUUGUUCUUGGCCAUGCUUUAUCAGUGUCUGUGAGGAGUAGAAUUGCUAAAAUCCGCUUAGCACUACAGCAUUAGCGUGGUGUAGGUCAGCCUGUUUUGCCUCUGAAGCUCCUGUGGAACAAUGUUCCUUCCCCAAAAGAAGAGGUAGCUCUUCUGCUGCCAGCACUUGUAAAGCUGCUAAGAUGCUUCAGUGGGUCCAAACCAGCAAAUGGUAGAAGCCAGAACAGAUUAGAUUGUGUGGAGGAUCCUACUUGUUUGUUCCAGCAGACUCAGUACUAACAGUAAAUAUGCCUUAAGUGCUUUUUUUUUUCCCCCUAAAUCAAGGUCUAGCAGUGCAAAUCAAUUUGUAGUCUGUGGGUCUGUAAAUAGACCCUGUUCUUUUCUCCCCUCUGUACCAACACCAGUGAUCUCCACAAUGUUAUGAAACAAACUGCACUGACACAGUGGCAGUAAAUAGAGGAUUAAGCACUUUACUUGCUAUUUUUUAAACUGCACUUGAAAUGACCGUUUUUAACUGCACUUGAACAUUUUUUUGUUCUCUUGUGGUGAGAGGUUGUAACGGGUAAAUAAUCUUUUCUAUAGCUUUGUCUUGACAGGCCAUAAUGAUGUUGCUUUUUUUCUAAGACUAGUUUGCCUGACAGCACUGUCAUGGGAAAUCAGCUCCUGAUCUUGUGUGCAGUGAUGGGUCUAGCUUUUGAAAAUAUUUAUGGUGCUGGUUACGGCAGGAAUGUCAGACAUUACUGUGGAUUACGUAUAAUUACAAAAGGAAAAACUAAUUGCUGAAUUAGGAAUUUGAAUGCAGGUUGUGAUUUUAAUGCUAUAACUCAAUAAUUAACAAGGUUAAUAUGCUCUGCUUUCUGUCCUAGUAUUUCCUUUAUAUUUAGUAUAGGACAUGGAGUUGCACACAGUCUCCCACUGUAAAUCUCACUCUAUGGAAUAGAUUUUUCAAUGAAACAGUUUGUAAUCUAGUCUCCUUUGUAUACAGAGGUGUAAAAACUUGUAUGCAUCUGAUGAAAUAAAUAUUUUUUUGCUACGUC